AUGACAUCCUAUCUUCAGAAAGAAAGGAUCCCAGACCAAUGGAAGACCUCGCGAACCGUUAUUAUCCAUAAGAAAGGUGACCAAGAGGACCUUCGGAACUACCGUCCGAUAUGCUUGCUGAGCGUGUUGUACAAAAUAUUUACCAAGAUCAUCCUCACACGCAUAUCUAGGACGCUGGAUGAAGCCCAACCUCAAGAACAAGCUGGAUUCCGCCAGGGGUUCAGCUGCUUGGACCACAUCCAGACCGUGUCGAGGGUCAUAGAGGUUUGCCGAGAAUACCGCCUGCCCCUUGUUCUAACUGUCGUCGACUAUGAGAAAGUCUUCGACAGUGUAGAAACGAAUCCAAUACUGUCAGCGCUGGUCGAUCAAGGUGUAGACGCCUCGUAUCCGCCCCCUCACCAUACCCAUUGGAAAGGACAAGGCGAUACUAUAUUGCCGAAGCUGUUCACGGCUGCAUUGCAAUGGAUAAUGAAAUCACUAUCCUGGGAAGAAAGGGGCAUACGUGUUGAUGGAAGAUUUCUCUCGAACCUUCGUUUCGCGGACGACAUCGUUCUCUUUUCAAGCAGUACCAGUGAAGCAGAAACGAUGCUCAACGAAUUGAACGAAGCAGGGAAGAGAAUAGGACUACGAAUAAACAGAAAGAAGACACAGUUCAUGAAGAACGCCCACUACGAGGACGGAGGAGUACAACUUGAAGGCUCCCAAAUCGUGGAAACUCCGUCAUACGUAUAUCUCGGACCUUCUAUGAACAUGGAAAGCGACUUGAAGGAAGAACUGAAUAGAAGAAUGAGAGCAGCAUGGGCAGCUUUCGCAGCCGUCAGGGAAGCUACGGACCAACUGACGGACCAAGAUCUUCGUGCCCAUCUGUUCGACUCGACAGUCCUUCCAUCGCUCUGUUACGCAGCGGAGACAUGGGCAGACACCGCGGCCACGUCUAGGAAGCUACUUACUACCCACAGAGCCCUUGAGAGAUGUCUCCUGAAGUUUAACCGGCGCACACAACACCUUGCCGGUCUUCGUAGCUCCGACUUAAGAGGAAUGUCCCGUCUUCGCGACCCAGCGGAAUAUGUAUCGAAAGCAAAACAUAGAUGGGCCGGUCAUAUCAUGAGAAGAAUCGACGAUAGAUGGACUAAAAGAACGCUAGAGUGGAUCCCAAGGGACGCUAAACGCCCCCGAGGGAGAUCGCCAACGAGAUGGGGUGACGUGUUCGCUGCACGGAUGGACCAGCUGAGAGCUCAGCUGGAUACGGCUCAAGGACCUCGUCAACGUCACUCACGAAGCUUGAGAACAUCUUGGAUGACAAUGGCGAGGAAACGAAACUAG